AUGAUGAAAUCUAAUCAGAGCACUGUGUCUGAGUUUAUCCUCUUAGGGCUCCCCAUUCAGCCAGAGGAUCAAGCUGUGUACUUUGCCCUGUUCCUGGCCAUGUACCUGACAACUGUGCUGGGGAACCUGCUCAUCAUUCUGCUCAUCAGGCUGGACUCUUACCUCCACACCCCCAUGUACUUCUUCCUCAGCCACUUGGCCUUCACAGACAUCUCUUUCUCAUCUGUCACAGCUCCAAAGAUGCUCAUGAAUAUGCUGACACAUAGCCAAUCCAUCUCAUAUGCUGGGUGUGUUUCCCAAAUAUAUUUUUUCUUAUUGUUUGGGUGUAUUGACAACUUCCUUCUGACUUCAAUGGCCUAUGACAGGUAUGUGGCCAUCUGCCAUCCUCUGCAUUAUACCACUAUUAUGAGUCAAGGCCUCUGUGUUCUGCUAGUGAUGGUGUCCUGGGUAUUUUCCUCUACUAAUGGCCUUGUGCAUACUCUUCUCUUUGCUCAUCUCUCUCUUUUUAGAGACAACACUGUCCACCAUUUUUUCUGUGAUCUCUCUGCCUUGCUGAAGCUGUCCAUCUCAGACACUACUAUCAAUGAACUAGUCAUCCUCACUUUAGCAGUGGUGGUCAUCACUGUACCAUUCAUAUGCAUCCUGGUUUCUUAUGGCCACAUAGGGGCCACUAUCCUAAGAACUCCAUCCAUCAAGGGUAUAUGCAAAGCCUUGUCCACGUGUGGUUCUCAUCUCUGUGUAGUUUCUUUGUAUUAUGGAGCCAUUAUUGGGUUAUAUUUUUUCCCCUCCUCCAAUAAUACUAAUGAUAAAGAUGUCAUAGUGGCUGUGUUGUACACUGUGGUUACACCCAUGCUGAAUCCCUUUAUCUAUAGUCUGAGGAAUCGAGAUAUAAAUGGAGCACUGAGAAAGACACUCAGCAGGAGACUGUGUUCACACUGA